AUGCUGCACUCGGAGUACCGCAGCACGUACAGAUGGCACGAGUACAAGGAGCAACAGCAGCAGCCCGGCGUGGUCAAGCAGCCUGCGCCCGCGCCGCCCUCCGCACUGCCCAUUGCCAGAGGCGUAAUCGAACCAGCACUGCCACGUCGUAAAAAGUAUCCAGGGGUCGCGUACAAAACCAAUGAGUUCUUUGAUCCGGCGCCUUCUGAUGAGAUCAGACCACAGCAGAACGCCACCUUCGACCGCGCCCGAAGCGCACAGAGGAAUGACUCGGAGCGCGCCGGUCGGCGUAGUAAAUCUGAGGGACCUCGCCAGCCACGAUGGACUGACACUGUCGAACCUAAGGCAACCACAGCCUUAGGCGAAGUGUUAGCGGCUAAAGAACCAGAACCGGUAUCCGUGAGCACGGAGUACCGCAACCAGUUUGCAUGGCCUAAAGACACCACUGAUGCACCAAGGAAGAGCAUCUCUAUGGGAGCGCUGAAGAAGGCUGCUGCGGCCGAAGGUUCAGUAGAAGCACAGCCACUAAUGAACCACGUGGAUGGUGAGGACGACCACAAGAGAUACAUCGAAGACUAUUUGUGGAACGGGCAGAAGCCCGCCGUACAGAGAAAAUCGACGUUCCGUAGCGCGCUAUCGGCACUCAUAUACAAUGGAGAGGAUCGUUCCAAAGAUAAUAGGAAACGGGUAAAGGGAAGUCGAAUGAGGAGGCGAGCGAGAGGUUGGUGGGCGAGAUCGAGGGGGGGUGGGGCUAGUGGGAUCCGGGGGGUAGGGGCCAAAGCCACCAGCGCCUCUAAGGCUGCCGGAGAAGACAGCGAGAGCACGCUGCGCGCUGCCGGCCUGCAGCCACUCGGUCUGCCGCAAGGAGACUCCUGGUACCGCGAGGUGAUGGACUUGCGCAAGCGUGCUGGCGAGUACAAGUACCGCGGCUGGGGAACCGAGCUGGCUCCAGAGCACAUCACACAGCUUUACAAUAAGCAGAUCGAGCUCUGGUACCAAGUAUCUCGCCGGUCCUCCCUCUCAGCGCUAUCACUCGCUUCCACUAAUCACAAGGCUUUGCCUCGUGACGAAAAAGAUGGCAAGGAGUCAAAGAACCAUUCACCAAAGAAAUUCAGGUCGUUCCGCUCUGCACCGCACCAGUCCAUACACGCCAAGCUUCAAGAGACUAAAGCAUUGGAGCGUUCUCCGCAUAAGACAUCGCCACAGAAGCAAAGGAAGAAGCUUCAGGGUCAAAGCUUCGAUGAAGGCGCGGCCCAAGAAGGAGUUAAAACUGAAGGAGCCUACCGAUCUCCAAGGCGGCGGCCUCGCUCGGCUGACCCAGCACCCGUUACUACAAGACAUCUGCCCAAUGGACAUGAGGCACAUCCUCGACCUGUUAAGCCUACCGGUUUGCCGUUAAGUAGGGGCAGUAGUAAUAGAGUUAGGUCAUCGUCGAGAGGUGGAAGAUCGCCUUCCGCGCCUCCAAAAUCUGGCCCUGGAACGAAUGGGACAGUGGAAGCCAAUGCCCUUGAGCAGAACAAAAGGAGUCGCAGCGUCUCUAAAGUGGGGAUAAAAUUGGAAGACGAUAUCCAGGCUCACCGCAGUGCGUCUGUCGCUAAGGACCACUUCUUCGACGACUCCCCAGUGGUUAAAUCGCCCCCGGAGCCCACUCGUGUUAAGUCCCCUGAACAGAUGAACAUGCGCUCCCCCGAUCCUGUCAACUGGACAGUGCCACUUGACACUGGCAAGACAUUCACUGUGACACAGAAUGUCAAAAGCGAUGAGAACAUAAAGCGCCCUAGCUCUGAGUUUAAGGGUAGCUCUGUGGCGGAAGACGUCGGCCCCGUGAAGAUGGCAGAGAUCGCUCCAAUCCAUCAUCAGCAAAUGUCGCCAAUCCGUUCGCUGAAAAAGAGUGAGUCGCCCACAAGUUUGAGCAAACGCGUGGAUAAAACUCCCACCACACCAACUAGCUUGACUCCCAUAUAUGAGACUAAAGCUCUAGAUUUAAACAAGGUGAAUGGCGUCAACGGGAUCAACAGCAACCAGCUGACACCCGAAACACCAAUUAAAGAAAGUUUUAAAGAAAAAGAAGUAAUCAAAAAAUCUACUGAAGCCACUCAGGUGGCGCCAGGAGUGGUUGACACAACGCUAAUAAACGAUACAUCGAGCUCGGGUGGAUUGACAGCGGCUGAGGUAUUAGACCGUGCCCGAUCCAGGUUUGACAAGUUCUGGGGAAAAAAGGAGGAUGAUGUGUAA